UUGUUUGUUUCUUUUAGGUACCACAAGUGUAAUUUUAGCUCCUAUAUUGCUCCAUCUUUUUCAUUAUUUGAUUCCAUUUUUGUUAUUUUUAGGUAGCAUUAGUACUGAUAAAAUGCCUACAGAGACUGAGGAGGAGUUACCAACCCCUACACCCGAGCCCAGUAUCUCUGAGGAGGGCAACUUCCAUUCCCAAUACCAAGUAUUGGGGACAAUUGGGCAAGGGGGCAGCGCCAAAGUCCUCCUGGCCCACCACCGGCUCACAGGAACCCCGGUGGCUGUCAAAGUUCUGCGAAAGGACAAGCAGUGGUUCCAGCCAGCCAUGAUGGAAGCAAACAUAAUGAGAAAGAUCAACCACCCCAACAUAGUGUCUCUCAUACAAGUUAUUGAAAAGGAAACGAGAAUAUACCUCAUAAUGGAGCUGGUGGAAGGCCAAGAACUCUACCAGUACAUCAGAGAGUCAGGGCACAUAGAGGAGGAUGAGGCCCGGCAAAUAUUUGAACAGAUAUUGUCAGCAGUGAGCUACUGCCAUGGAAAGGGGAUUGUUCACCGAGACCUCAAACUGGACAAUAUAAUGAUUGAUAAAAUCAAAAAGGUCAAAGUCAUCGACUUUGGGCUUAGCACCCAAUUUCAACCUGGAAAAAUGCUAAACCACCACUGUGGCACGUACUCUUUUGGUUCCCCUGAACUCUUCCUUGGCCAUCGGUAUGACGGGCUGAAGAAUGAUAUGUGGAUUAUAGGAGUGGUCUUGUACUGUAUGGUAGUGGGAAAGCUCCCAUUUGAUUCAGUGAUCAUCCAAGAACUGCAAAGACAAGUAGUGGCAGGGGUUUAUCCUGCUCCCUGUGGGGUUUUAAAAGAACUGGAGGACCUCCUUAGUAAAUUACUGAGGGUAAAUCCCAACUUUAGACCAACAGCAAGAAAGGCGAUGAAACACCCUUGGUUCAAAGAACACUGGAACGGAUUGAUAGGUCCCUAUGAAGAAAUGCUUCCCCUCACACCAGACCCGGCCAUUUUGGAUGCCAUGAAAAGCAUUGGAUUCCAAGCCUCUGUAGUAAAACACUCUUUAAAACAAAGAAAAUAUAAUGAGGAAAUGGCAACUUAUUUCUUUCUACAAAAGCAGGCUCUCCAGGGGGAUGGCUGCACAGCCCAGACACAGCAAGUGAGUCCCGUUGCAGCACCAUUCCCUAGCCUUGAUCCUGCUGCUGCUUUUAGAUUAGAACCAAAGAGGAGUGGAAGCCUGCCAGUCCUUGGCACCUUGCGGGUGUCAUCCUCCCAUGGUCACAUAUCUCACUAUGGCCAGAAUGCUCAUCCAAAAGGAGGCAAAAGAUACACUGUGGCUGGUCGUCUCAGGCCUCUACCGAUGACACCUACAAAGGACCACUAUCACAAAUGUGCCGUGAGUGUCCCAUGCAUUCAAACAACAAGCAUCUUGAGUGAGAAGAGUAGCAAUAAGGAAAUCAAAGAAGACAAACCACUCUCCCACAGAGCCCCAUUAGAGGAUAAGCCCAUCCCCAGCAGGGUCCGGCACAGAGGUUUUAAGGGGUGGACCAGGAAUAUAGCAAAUGCCCUUAUAAAGCUGUGUUGCUGUAUGCCAAGGAGAAAGAAACCUCGCCUGGGGCAGAACAGAAUCUCCCCCCAGAAAUGAGCCACAACGGGAUUCCAGAGAACAAGCAGCAGGCAUAGCCCAGUGUCAUCUGGAAAUUCUUUCAUGUCCUCAGUAUAAACAGUAGGUGAUUUCAGACACAUGGCAAUGGAAAAGACACCAGGAGAAACUAAAGCAGCAACAGGAGUAGCAACAAUAGCAGAAGCAGCAUUAGGCACAGCAGCAGCAGGAGGAGGAGAACGAGGAGCGUAGGAGGAGAAGGAGGAGGAAGAUGAAGAGAGGAGGAGAAAGAAGAGGAGGAGGAAGAGAAGGAAGAGGAGGAGAAAGAGGAGGAUGAAGAGCAGGGGGAAGAUUUUGAUUCCCUGUCCCCGUGAGAAUUGCUGAUGACUACUUCUGGACACAGAUAUCAUGCUGAGAACUGUUUAUCAAAAUGAUUUAACAGAAUAUUAAUUUUCAUAGAAGACAUGUCAAUGUUCCUGAGGGCAUGCAGCCCUGGAAAGGAGAGCCAGAUGGCAGAGGCAAGCAGUGUGGAAUGUUCUUACUGAGGAAGACCUUCUCAAAGCUGAUGAUGUAAUAGGUAUGAAGGAGCAUUUCAUGGGAGUCAUGGUCCCAUGCCCCUGUGUCAGGGCACACAGAGCUCCUAGCCUUGCAUCCUGCGUGAGAGGGGGCCUGGAAUAUUCCCUGAUCCCAACAGGGUCCUGGAUUGCAUGGUUCUCCCUCAGUCAUGGUCCUCCCUGUGCCUCAUGGGGUACGCAGCUUCUACGGGCUGAAUUUAUAUCAGUGAUUAACUGGAGCUGGACCACAACCACACCACAGGCAAGCCCUGGGCACUGAGGACAUUAAGAGCAGCAGACAACAUCUCCUCCGCUGCUUCUGACUCUGCUCCACAAGUCAAGGCAGCUCCCACACAGCAGGCAUCCAGCCUAACUCCCAGCAGGGAGAGUGUGAGAUGUCUGUGGAUGAGCCCACAGGGACUACAGGAUUCUGUGGGAAGACAUCUGGUAGCUUCUGGAGCAGCUGCAGCAGCCAGGACACAUGAACUACAGUGGAGGUGAGCUAUAGGAACAGGUAGCAAAGAGCCUGAUCUGGCCAAUGCUGAUCUGAAUC